AUGGAUCGCCUGGCCCAGCUGGAAUUGCAUACCGAGCAGCUCUCCACCGCUGUAAAGAGCCUCAUGAACCACCGUCACAGCAUCGAGCCUCCCGAGCCCCCACGAGCAAGUGCAGACACGGACCGAGAACUAAGCAAUGCCAAAGCAAGCAUCCUUGCGAAUAUCGCUGCCAUAAAAGCACUCGUUGGUGGGCCAGACGACUUGCUCCAGGACCUGGCCACUCAGGCUGAGAUUCUCGCGUGCCUCCAGUGGCUUGCAGAGUACCAGAUCCUUGCAUGCAUCCCGCUCGAGCUGAGUAUACCGACAAAGGACCUGGCCGACUUGGCAGGGGUUCCGGUGAGCCAGCUCCUCAGGGCCAUCCGCCUGCUUGCGACCGUCGGGUUUCUCCAGGAGCAGGAGCCAGGCUCUGUGGCACACACCCCCCUCUCGGCCCAAUUCAUCACAAGCCAGUCGCUACUCGACGCCAGCGUCUUCAUGGCCGAGUCGGCCGUACCGGCGGCCCUGCAGAUGCCAAUAGUAACGCAACGUUUUGGAGCCACACAGGGCCCCGCCGAGGCUGCAAUGGGCUCGAUGCGCCCGUUCCAAUCGGCCCUUCAGGAGCGCUCUAAGCUGCGCCGUCAAUGGUCCGCUUAUCUCCGACAUGCAGCGGGAUUGCACCAGGAGGAGGAGGUAGUAGACGUGAUUUCAAGACUAAACUGGUCCAAUCUUGGCAGCGCCUGCAUAGUCGAGGUCAACGCAAGGUCUACGUCGAUGGCACGAUCCCUUGCAGAGAGGUUUCCCAGCCUGCGGCUCACCGUGCAGAUCGAUGACGCACAACCCGCUCCGCUGAGCCAGGACAGCCUAUGGCACAGCGGGCCGACGGACAUUGACUUGCGGGACAGCCGCGACGGCCGGAUGGAAUCGGAUGCCGUGCACAGAAAUAAAGACAACUCCGGCACCAUCCCCAGCCCCAAUGCCAACCUCAAUGUCACUUAUCGCUCCGCGGGCAUGCCCCAGCACGUGAAGGAUGCCGCGGUGUACACACCUCCCUGCGGCGAGCCCGAGACCGUCGCCGGGAGGCUCUCCAGCAAUGCUGAUCAGGGCUGA